ACGAUGCGGCAGUCGAAUGAAAUCGUAGGAACGUCGGAGCAAGGAUGGGGAGAUCCACUGCAGAGCGGAAUUGGCUGGGGAAUAUUCUAGAUUUGGCCAUGACAGAUCAUGUGAGGGUUAAUGCACAUAAAAUCAUGUAGAGAAAGAGCUUUGAGGGUCCAGGUAUCAUAUCGAAUUGUAUGUUUGCCUUGGUUCUAACGCAAACAGGGGUCAAAAUAUUGACAAGUGACAUCGUACGAGUAUGAGCUAUCCGCCUUCUUCGUGAUGUCAUCUUCACUCAGAAAGGGUCGGAAGAACUAUCUUUAGUGGAAAAUUUCCAUACAUUCCUUCUACCUCGCUCAAUUAACACCCGAUGUAUGAAUCUGAUGGAUACGUUGUCCGAUUCCAGAUUCCAGCCCUUGGAAAACACUCUAAAGAGUGUCUAUAUCACUUUCCGCUGUUACAUAUCAUCGACGCAUAUAGCAAACGUAUCCUGUGUCGUUUUAAGGUAUCAGAAGAACGGUGUACCUAGGACCUCCAGAUAAAAUAUUCCAGAACCACUUAACUAUUUAGAAGGCAGCAGUAGGAAUGCUACCGUGGAGUAAACAAAUUAGGAAAUUAGAACAUACGGAUAUGUGAGAUGAGUAAGAAGUCCAUAUUUCAUACGAAACAUAUGACCAAAAUAACAGCCAAAAGCGGUCAGAAUGACAUUCAACCUCUCCAUCUAGCGUUGACGUCUACCUUCUGAAGUAAGGGCUUACUGUACUCACAAAAGACAUCACAAUAUCUAGAGUUUUCAAAUGCCUCCAAGAUCAAGCUUUCACUUCGAUGAAAUGCUAUCAGUUUCAUCUGCUCUCAAGGAGACAUUUUUGCCUGUUGGUAGCUACGGUGCAACUCUGAGUCCCAUAUAUGGCCAGUACUCUGAGUAGAACGAUGUGCAGUGUGAGAAAUCGAUUGAUAUUAUAGAUCGGUUUUUGAAAAGAAGAAAGAUGCAUGCCGGAGGUGCCACAACCGUCACCGAUUCGCGACACCCUAGCUAUGCCAUCUAGAGAGGGAAAGAUAUAGGAUCCGGAAGUGAAACGACAAGAACUGAAUACAAUUGUCGGCGAGUUACGCUUGAGAUAAAAUGCUUUUGACCUGUAGCUGGCGGUGGCGUAUGAAAGUGUGGCGAGGCAUUUCCAAGCACUAUUUUCUUUUUGCGAUACCUGUCCAAAGCUCUCAAAACGAAGCUCAUGAACCUAGGUUUGAAAAUUAGACUGCUAAAUAUGAGAGAAAAAGAGCCUUACUUUGAUAGUGUAUAUUGUACUACUUGCUACGCAUUGUUGCAUUGAGGUAUGUAAUACAAUAAGUAAGUAGUGUUGUGUUCGAGACUUAUAGUAUCGAAGCAAGGAUACGCACCUGCCCACCUCGGGUAACAUAUGACUACGACUAGUCAUUGAUAUCGAUGUCAAUUUAUUGACAGCUCAACCUGGUAGUGGAACAGUCAAAAUUUCUUGAUCUAUUCAAUCUCACUUGCUCAAAAUCUCCUGUUACCAAAACAACGAACGAUAGGAUGACUUCAGCCGCUCAAGAAGAGUAUGUCCUUGAGCGAAGUCUGCUGGGUUCUUCCCGUCUCUAUGUCCAAUAUUGGCUCUGGCAAAGACUACUCGGGCAUCUUUUACAUCCCAGCAUCCCAAUCAAGCAAGACAUCAAGAUUGCUGACAUAGCAUGUGGAACUGGAAUCUGGCUCAUAGAUUUAGCAAAAGAGCUUGCAAAAUCAAAGACGAACGCACAACUAGACGGUUUCGAUAUCUCAACUAAUCAAUAUCCUCAUUCAGCACUUCUCCCUCCAAAUGUGAAACUAGAUAUUUUAGAUAUUUUCAAACCUGUUCCGGAGCGAUUGAGGGGCCAGUACGAUGUGGUUCACAUAAGUCUUCUCUGUGUCGUGAUCCCUGGAGGAGAUCCAAGACAUGUUUUAGACAAUGUGUUGACAUUGCUAAGACCAGGUGGAUACAUCCAGUGGAAAGAAGUGGAUUUCAGCAUGAUGGCAUGCAAAGCUGCUACCCCGGACUUAUCAACCAGCAACCUUAAAGAGUUGGUGAGAUGGAUGUAUGAAGUUCCUUUGAAGAAGUUCACCAGUUUUGAGUGGAUACGCCAACUCAGUUUCAUCUUCCAGGAACGAGGAAUAACAGUUCUGGAUAGCCAACUUCUCGAACCCGAGGUCGAUAUUGCUUGUGCAUGGACUUCAAUGCAUAUGAAUGGCAUAAAAGAAUUGGCAAAUAUUGCAGGAGGAGGGUCGAGAGAUGUAUUGGAAAAGUAUGGACAGGCGGCUCUGGAGGUACAGAAAGGUGCUUAUAUAAGUAUGAUGUUGGUCAAUGCUGUUGGCAGAAAGCCUGGGGGCGACUGAGAUGUUUCAUUUGGAGAAUCAUUUGUCUUCUCGUCCGAUGAUAACAGCACAGAGGUUUAGGUAUUAAAGGUUUCCGAUACUGAGUUAGAAAACAGAGCUUGCCGAUUGCCGUUGCCUUUCUGUUCAUUUUUCCAAAACUCUUCGAAUGUUCUCAGAGGACAGAUCCAUGACAAUUUAAUUCGGCAGCGUUUGACUACUUGGCUCCUGUCCUACUCUGUGCCGAGAUACGAACAGCGUAUCAUUACAAAAUGCUGGACGAAUAGUACACGAUGUUUUUGGAGAACUGCGUGCAUGUAUGGGUGAUACCAUCAUACUUG